AUGGAGAAGGGUGGCUCAUACAUUGCGUGUUGCUAUGAUCGAGGCAGAUACAUCUACAUCAUUGGAGGUAUCCAGAACAUUGAAGCAUUGGACCGUAUCGAUCGGUUUGACAUUCUGACAGGAAUGUUCAAGUGUGACUUUGCCAAACUAAAGUGUGCCAGGUAUCACUCAUUCAGUUUCUACAAGGAUGGAGUAAUCUAUAUCAUUGGUGGCACGACCAAGAGCUCCAAAGGACCUUGUAUGGGCGUUGACAACAUCGAAGCAUUCAACGUCGAGGACAGGAGCUCAGAGAUAGUAUACCAAUUCAGGGAUGAAGAGCGAGAGAUAGUGGAUGGAUGUUGUUUCGACAACAGAGAGUACAUCUACAUAAUCACAAAGACGUACAUCUAUCGCAUCUCAAUCUAUGAAUGGAAGAUGGACAAAACACUGGUAUAUCCUAUUUUCCCAAAGGGUGGCACUGGUUUGUCUAUGGUGUUUGGAUACAAUGAUGGCUUCAAGAUCUGGUUAAUCACAGACUUGUUACAGUAUUGCUAUCACUUUGAUAAAGGUGAUGAUUGUGGUGGAAUCAAAUGGGACAGUCUACGCACAGGCAAAGGAGAAUGGAAAGAGUUUAACAGAAAGAUCACCAAAACAAACAGCCAUGGUGCUGUUGGAAUACUUUCAUAA